AUGAAUAAGUCAUCAAUUUCUUCUAAAAGUCUCUUGACUUCUUUCAUUGGAGAGAAUAUUUAUAUUAAAUUAAAAUCUGGAAAUUAUAUCUAUGUGCAGAUUACAUCUCACCUUAGAACUGGAAAAGAGUGUAUAGUUUUUUUGAUACAAGUAUAUAAUUAUGAAAUAAAGAAUGCUAUUUUAAAGUUUGAAAUAUCAGUAUUGCAUGUACUAAGUGAUCUUUUUUGUAUUCCCAAAAUUCUCUUUGAAGGUCAUACAAUAAGAGGUUCUCUAGCUUUACUAACCGAUUUUGUGGAACUACCUCUGGAAUCAUGGAUUUCUGAUAAUGGUAAUAUAGAUGAUUAUACAAUUUUUCAAAUAAUUUUAGAUUUAUUAUCAUGCUUAAAGAAGAUACAUACUUAUGGUUAUACACAUGGAGAUCAAGAAAUUAUUCAAGACUAUAACGGAUUGUGUCAAAUUAUUGGAAUUAUUAAGUUUGAAAAGAAAAUGUCAUUUUCAGAAUUAAUAGACAAGCUGAAAGGAAAACUAAAAUCAUUUGUUAUAUUUGUUGAAGGUGGAAAACAACUGAUAAAAAAGAAAAGUAUUUAA